AUGUCUGAGGUGCUUCAAGAUAUCCAAAAGAAGCUGGUUUUUCCAAUUGACUUUGCCAGCCAGCGUCGUACCGACCGAUUGGUGCAUCGGACGCUACUUUUCGGCACAAUUUCGACCAGUUUGAUCGGUUUUUUUACCCAAUCACUUUUCAACUUGAUGGUCGGUUUCGGAGCCACCGUCGCACUCUGUAUGCUCGUGGCUCUUCCCAGCUACACAGCCUACAAUAAACAGCGUCCAGAGUGGGUCAAGCCUAAAAUUCGGGUGUAA